UUCGUUUCGUUGAUUGUCUCACUCUUUCAGUUAGACUUAGAGAUGUCGUUCACAACACCCGAUGCCGUCAUGUCUUUGAUCGAACAAUUGAUCCAAUUUUGUUGGCCUUUCACUGACGAUAACAUUUGCAUACCUUUCCAACGGAUGUCGUAUUCCGAUGCCAUUCAACACUACGGAACCGAUAAACCAGACUUGAGGUCUGAUCUUAGGUUAAAAUCAAUAGAUUUAAAUCAAAUUAACGGUUCCAGCGAUAAAUCGUGUCUAACUUUAGUCGUCUCUCAGCAAAAGAGUGAAGUCAACCAAAAAUUACAUAAUUUCAUGAAUUCAAUCGAAGUCACUAAACGAGUCAUGAAUUUC